GUUUUAGAAAGUUUACUUUAAUUUUGUUAUUUUUAUCAACUUUAUGACUUGAUUUUAUAAAAGAAUUAAAAGUAAAACCGCUUGCAUACGAAUAAUGUCAAGAUAAGUUCAGUAAAACGCCAUUUUGACGAGGCAAAAACCAUUAUCAGCCAAGCCCCUUAUUAUUAGUGCUAAUUUAGUUCAAUCAAUUUAUUACGGAGACAAACACGUACUUUUGGUGUCGGUGAUAAGAUUACCAGUUGCUGUUUAAUUUUUUGUGGAUAACAUAUAGCUGGACUAUACAAGAUGUCUGUACUAAGUAAUUUCACCGUGUCUAUAGCUAAAGGAUUAAGACGUCUCCGUCACAAAGAGCUAUGCGAGCAGGGCUACGCCAGCCGCAAGCACUCGCACGAGCCGCGCCUGAAGAUGCAGAAGUGUCUCAUCGUCUCCAAGGUGACCAGAUACGAGUAUGAGAAACACAGCCACGACAACAUAUCAGACGGCGAGCUGGAGAAGGUUCUGCGCAUGCGCGGCUCGGACUACGAGGCCAUGAUCGCGACGCACCGGGAACAGAAAGCCUUCGAGGAGGGCGUCGCCAGCAGCCUCAAGAAUAUGGGCAUUGAGGUGGAGAUGGCUAGCAGGCUGACGUACAACGACGAGCUGAUCGACUGGUGCGACCUGGUGGUGCCGUGCGGCGGCGACGGCACCUUCCUGCUCGCCGCAUCCCGCGUACGAGACGCCAACAAGCCAGUGAUAGGGUUCAACAGCGCGCCGCACAAGUCCAUCGGGCGGCUGUGCCUGCCCACCUGGUGCUCCAACGACGUGAAGGGCGCGUUACAGGCGCUCAAGGAGGGCAGGUUCAGAUGGAUGCGGCGGUCGCGCGUGCGCACCACCGUCACCUCCGAGCCCUCGCUGCUCGACACCAUCACGCCCAUAGACCUGCACACGCUGCACUACUCCAGGUAUCCGCCAGUAUCGAACCCGCUCGAUAGCCAAGAAGCGAGGACACAGAAUUUCACAAAAGAGUCCAGCUCUACGCUCGCAACUAAAGCGUUGCCAUUUCUAGCACUUAAUGAGGUGUUCAUAGGCGAGAGCGUGACGUCACGAGUGUCGCUGCUGCGGCUGCAGAUCGACAACGGCAAGUGGACGCACACCAAGAGCUCCGGCCUGUGCGUCACCACCGGCACCGGCAGCACGUCGUGGCAUUACAGUAUAAACUGUCUGCGGACGCACUCGGUGCUGGACCUCAUGCGGACGCUGAAGGAGGAGUUCGGCGUCAACAUGGACGUGACGCUGGAGAAGGCGCGCGAGGUCGCCGAGAGAUACAACCAGAAACUCAUGUUCCCGCCGGAGAGCAACCAGAUGGCGUACUCUGUGCGCGAGUACAUCACGUUCGAGGAGUGGCCGGCGCCGCGCGGGCUGCGGGGCCGAGACCGCGCCGACAGCGUGCGCGUGCGCUCGCACUGCGCCGACGCCGGUCUAGUCAUAGACGGAAGUGUUUCGUUUCCCUUCAACGACGGCACGGAGGCCCUGCUAGAGAUUCACCCUGAGGACUCUCUCAUGACCGUGCAAAUGGACGACGCGCUGCCCUACUGAAGUGUGACGUCAGCAUGCUCGACGACGUCACAUGGGCGAUGGCCCAUAGUUCAGUGACCCCUUGUGAUAUUCGCAAUAUUUACCUAUAGUCACGUUUCAAAUUAUAUCGAGAUUAAAAUAGAGGGCAAAUGUAAGUGCUACUUCAUAUUGGAAUUUAAUCUUAUCUGGUGAUACCACGUCGAUGGAUCAAUUGCGCUGUAGCGUAAUUUGUUACGGAACAAAUAAUUGCUAUAUUAUUAUUAAUCAUAAGUUAAUUGCAGAACAUUAUUUAUAUCAAAUUACUGUCAUUUAAUUUUAAGAAUUUUGUUUUUUUUUAUGUUGUUGAUAUGAAUGACAAACGUUUUCUACUUACUGCAUAAAGUAGACGAAUAAUUUUAAGCCAGUUUAAUAAUUGCUAUCCAGGUUGUUACAUGAAGCAUGAACAGAAUUGAAAAUCGUCAAUAAAAGUCCUUUCACAUUAUUUUAAAACUUUACUAUUGUAAUAUUAUAGACCAGGGGUCACCAAAUAGCGGACCGCCGACCCAUUGUGUGCAGACCAAGCACUUGCUUGCAGCAAUUACACUCCAAACAUCAGAGAGAUAAUUAGCUACAAACACUUUUCUCAUUGUAUGUAAAUAUGUAAAUAAAUACCUUUAUAAAUUCCGCAAUUACCUAUGUUAAUGUUUUUUUUUUUUAUGUGUAGACUGCGAAGGUCAUUUCAUUUCUUAAU